AUGGCCGGCUCGCGUCUCAGUUUCACCUCCUACCUCUCUUCUUUUCUAAGCUCCCUCCCAUUUUUUGGCAGCAGCAACAGCGAGAACACAUCAUCGACCACUAUGUCUGAGCCGUAUGAGCCCAGCAUCGCCGACGUCCUCAUCGUAAAGGCCAUGCUUACCAAGGGCAUAUGCAAGUCCCUUCCCCGCGAGCUAGUUGACCUCGUCCUCGAUUAUGCCGAGUACUGGCCGCAUAUGACUGUCCAUGAAUCAUUCAACAACCAGUGUGUCGCGAGAGGCCGAAGCAACCGGGAAAAUCGACUUAUUCUUCGAACCCCUCCUAUCGGCCUGAAGGCUCCUAACUGGAGCACCAACGCCAACGACACCGUCUUUCGCCCUGCCCCAAAAGACCAAACCUACUCUCCAGAGACCUUCCAGCCCUUCCGUGUUUCUCCCGACCCGAUGCUCCUACGCCCCUGUCGCCGCAUCGUCUUCACCAUCCGCAGCCAUGACCAAGGCUGGGGUGGACAGUUCGAGGACCAGGGCACAUUCCAUGGGUCAUGGACAUGGUUCGAGGUGGGACUGGAGCGCUUCGUCAAGCCAGAGUGUGGCGAAGGCCCUGAGGAAGGGGAGAAACCGACUUUGCGCCCCGACCACCUAGGCACUGUCCUGCCUCUCGUUGAACCCGACGGAGAAGAAAACGGCAAGCGAAAGUAUAAGCCCAAGCACCCCCUGCUUCCCACACCAGCGGUCACAAUCCAGGUCAAUAGGGUCGCUGAGCAGGAAUAUGCCGAGCACAAAGUCGUCUGGAGCUGGGAUGAUUAUCUGGAUGACAACGACACGGAGGCCAAGGCUAAACUGGAGGAGAAUGGCCGUGGUAGUGAGACGGGCAAUGGGGAGUUUGUGCGCAACCUGCAGCUGGGAGAUGUAAUUACCGUGUGGGCAAAGGCCCGGUUCCCUGGGUGGGAGAACUGGAUUGAUUGGGCGAAAGUGGAUAUUUACUUUGCGGUCUAA